AUGAGUGGUUCAGAUAAGUUACCAGGAUUGGCAUCUGAUGCCGUUCUCAAGCAAUCUAUUCCAGUUCCUGAUAGUUUUGUUGAAAUCAAGGGUAUCGAUUACUCCAAAGACUCCGCUUAUAACAUGAAGGCAGUUGAUUUAAUAGAAUCUAUGAAGAACAUGGGAUUUCAGGCUUCUUCAGUGAGUCAAGCGUGUGAAAUUAUUAACGGUAUGAGAAGCUGGAGAGGUAAACAUAUCGAUUCUUUACCUGAACAUGAAAGAACAGGAGAAUUUGAUGAUGAGGGAUACCAAAAAUCAACUAUUUUUAUGGGUUAUACUUCCAAUUUGAUCUCGUCUGGAUUAAGAGAUACAUUACGUUUCUUAGUUCAACAUAAAAUGGUCAGUGCUAUCGUAUCCAGUGCUGGUGGUAUUGAAGAAGAUUUAAUCAAAGUCUUGGCCCCUACUUAUAUGGGUGAGUUUAGUUUACCAGGUAAGGGCUUAAGAGACCAGGGUAUGAACAGAAUCGGUAACUUAUUGGUCCCAAAUGACAACUAUUGUAAAUUCGAGGAAUGGAUUGUUCCAAUUUUGGACAAAUGUUUGGAAGAACAAGAGGAAGGUAUGAAAAAAAUGGGUUCUGAUGGAUUAAAUGCAGACUCCCCAGCAUGCUGGACUCCUUCAAAAUUAAUCAACAGAUUAGGAAAAGAAAUAAACGACGAAUCUUCCGUCUUGUAUUGGGCUCAUAAGAACGAUAUCCCUGUAUUCUGUCCUGCCUUAACUGAUGGAUCCAUAGGUGACAUGCUUUUUUUCCAUACUUUCAAAGCUUCUCCACAGCAAAUCAGGUUAGAUAUUGUUGCUGAUAUCAGAAAAUUAAACUCGAUGUCGAUGGCUGCUUCCAAUGCUGGAAUGAUUCUUUUAGGUGGUGGGUUGAUCAAGCAUCAUAUUUGUAACGCUUGUUUAAUGAGAAAUGGAGCUGAUUACGCCGUUUACAUAAAUACUGGUCAAGAGUUUGAUGGAUCCGAUGCUGGUGCCAGGCCAGAUGAGGCCAUAUCUUGGGGUAAGAUUAAAGCAGAAGCAAAACAAGUCAAGGUUUAUGCGGAUGCAAGUAUAGUUUUCCCAUUAAUUGUUGCUGCAACCUUUGCAUCUGAAAAACCAAACUAA